ACACCACACACACAAAUGUGACACAAUUACAAAUCACGAUAUUUCUUAAUAGUCGAAGCAAUUUUCAAGUUUCGUGCGUAUUAGAUUCGGUUCAUUACCAAUUAUAGACGACAUUUAUUAAGAAUUAACACAUAUUUGAAGUGCAGUUUAGCGCUACUAAGUAUUUUGAACCUAUGGCUGGAUAUUUUGAAGAAAUGGGUUGGCGAGAGUUAGACGAAGGGGAACAACCCGAUCAUCUCCUGCAUAUGGCUCGGUUUUUGAUGGAUUUUGGAAUGUAUGAAGACAACUUUACUGGAGAAUGGCCAAGAUUACCACCUCCUGCUGCUAAAGAGGCUGUCAAGAACUUGAAUGAAAUUGUGAUAGAUAAUGAUACCACAAAUUGCCCCAUCUGUUUAAAGGCUUUCAAUAGUGGCGACAAAGCAACAAAAAUGCCUUGUAAUCAUGUGUUUCAUCCGGCAUGUAUAUUAACAUGGUUAGAUAAGACUAAUUCCUGCCCCUUCUGUAGAUAUGAAUUACCUACUGAUAAUGAAGGCUAUGAAGCAUUUAAGAAAGAAAAAAAGCGUGCUGUACAGAGGAAAGAAGAUAUAGACACACUCCAUAAUUCUAUGUUUAGUUAACAAAGUUUAUUCAGUUAAGUGCAACUCUACUACUUAGAUAUAGUUUACAUUAGUCAAAAGCUGUAGGUCUGAAGGUGCACCCAUUAGACCCCACUUCUGUUUGACAUGGUUUUAUUUUGGAAAAGAUUUAAAUCAAAACAUACAGAUGUGCCCUUAUUACUUCAUUCUGCUUUUGUUGUUGUUAGUAGUGUACAUCUGAUAUAAUAAUAAAAUAAUUAUCCAGUGUCAUUUCUAGGUGCCCAAACAGUUUACAAAAUUAUAAAUUAAAUAAAUAUAAUAAAAUGUAUUUUUAACUAUGGAAUACUUGAAGAAGGCUACUAGCCAAUCGCAUAACCGAAGUUACCUCUCCCGCCACUUACCCCACU